AUGUCGUACCACCAGGCUGGCGGUCUCCCUACCACAUACGAGGACUCGUCCGCUGGCCCUGUCAGCGGCGCGAGCCCUACCAACGGCGAAUACCCCUCCGCACCCCCCAUCUUCCAAACCCCCGCCGAAACCAUCACCACUCGGGAGCAAGAGAUCACCGCUCUGGCGCGUCAGAUGUCCCGCCGCUCGUCCAUCGGCGGCGCACACCACCCUCCCUCGAGCCCGCUCAACCUCGUCCGGCAGCUCACGGGCCGGUCGGGCGUGUCCAAUGCCCCGGUCCCCCCAGAGAAGCUGUUCAAGUAUGAGGAGGAUAGCGACCUCGACCCAUUCUCCGCAAACUUCAACGCGCGCAAGUACGUCAAGGGGAUGGCGGGCUUGUCGGAAGAGGCAGGCAACCAGAGACUGGCGGGUGUCUCGUACAAGAAUAUGUCCGUGCACGGGUUUGGCUCUGAUGCCGACUUCCAGAAGACCGUCGGGAACCUUCCCAUCGCCAUGCUCAACCAGGCCCGAGAGCUCAUGAGUAGCCGGAAGCGCAAGGUCCAGAUCCUCGAUGGCAUCGACGGUGUGCUCGAGUCGGGCGAGAUGCUUGUCGUACUAGGACCUCCCGGAUCAGGCUGCACUACGCUGCUCAAGACGAUCGCUGGCGAGAUGAACGGACUCUACCUGGACGAAGCGACCGACAUGAAUUAUCGAGGUAUCACACCCGAGCAGAUGAUGGGCCAGUUCCGUGGCGAGGCCAUCUACACUGCCGAAGUCGACGUGCACUUCCCCAAUAUGACGGUUGGGCAGACUUUGGCUUUCGCUGCUGAGGCCCGUGCACCCCGCGUAAUCCCGGGUGGCCUCAGUCGUCAAGAGUACGCCUCGCACAGUCGGGACGUCAUGAUGUCGGUCUUCGGUAUCCCUCACACCAUGAACACGAUCGUCGGAAACGACUUUAUCCGCGGUGUCUCCGGCGGUGAGCGCAAGCGAGUCACCAUCUGCGAGGCGGCCCUUUCUGGCGCUCCCCUCCAGUGCUGGGACAACUCUACUCGCGGUCUCGACUCUGCCAACGCCAUCGAAUUCGUCAAGAACCUCCGGAUGGGCGCCGAGUUUCUCGGUACCACCUCGGUCGUCGCCAUCUACCAGGCUCCUCAGUCGGCUUACGACCUCUUUGACAAGGUCUGCGUCCUGUACGAAGGGGAGCAGAUCUUCUUCGGUCGGAUCGGCGAGGCCAAGCAGUACUUCCUCGACAUGGGCUUCCAGUGCCCCGAGCAACAGACGGUCCCGGACUUCCUCACCUCGCUUACCAGCGCGUCGGAGCGGACGCCUAAGGAGGGGAUGGAGCACGAAGUACCGCAGACUCCGGUCGAGUUUGCCGCGAGGUGGAAGAAGAGCCCGCAGUACAAGGCGCUCAUGGAGGAGAUUGCGCAGUUUGAGCAAAAGCACCCGGUCCACGGCGAGCGGUACGACCAGUUCUUGGAGAGUCGGCGGACUCAGCAGUCCAAGCGGAUUCGCGCUGGCUCACCCUACACCAUGUCCUACGGUCAACAAGUCAAGCUCUGUCUCCGUCGUGGUUUCUGGCGUCUUCGAGCCGAUCCAAGCUUGACCAUCACCCAGCUCUUUGGAAAUGUCGUCAUGUCUUUGAUCAUCGCUUCGGUCUUCUUCAAUUUGCAACCUACUACCGCCAGCUUCUACCAGCGCGGAUCUUUGCUCUUCUUUGCGAUCUUGAUCAACGCUUUCGGUGCCGCUUUGGAAAUCCUGACUCUGUACGCCCAGCGCCCUAUCGUCGAGAAGCACACUCAAUAUGCCUUCUACCACUCGUCCGCCGAAGCCUUUGCGUCCAUGGCAUGCGACCUGCCCUACAAGGUCGUCAAUGCCAUCCUCUCCAACUUGACGCUCUACUUCAUGACCAACCUCCGACGUGAACCCGGCGCAUUCUUCUUCUACCUCUUCGUCUCGUUCGUGGCCACCCUCACCAUGUCGAUGAUCUUCCGGUCGAUCGCCGCCCUCUCGCGUCAAUUCGUCUCGGCCAUGACGCCCGCCGCGAUCAUCAUGGUCGCCCUCAUCAUCUAUACUGGUUUCGCCAUCCCCGUCACGCUCAUGCGCGGCUGGGCUCGCUGGAUCAACUACAUCAACCCCAUCGGCUACGCAUUCGAGUCGCUCAUGAUCAACGAGUUCCACGAUCGCGACUUUUCGUGCUCCCAGUUCGUCCCCUCGGGACCGGGCUACGAGAACCUUCCUGCCAACGCCAGAGCCUGCGCCGUCCAGGGCGCUCAGCUGGGCCAGGACUUUGUCAACGGUGACAUCUACAUUGAGACUGCUUACGCGUACUACUACAUCCACAAGUGGCGCAAUGUUGGAAGGAAAUACAUCUCGGCUCAAAAAUCCAAGGGCGAAAUCCUCGUCUUCCCCCGCGGCCGUAUCCCCAAAUCCCUCAAGUCGACCGCUUCCGAUGCCGAGUCCCAGACCAGCGGACAGACCAAGACCGAGAAGGUCUCAGCGGCUACCGGUACCGACGCGCCCGUCAAGGGCAAGAACGGAAAGGCGAAGACGGGCGCCGACCAGGUCGAGGACGGGAUCAUCCAAAGGCAGACCUCUACGUUCAGCUGGAAGGAUGUGGUGUAUGAUAUCAAGAUCAAGGGCGAGGCGAGGCGAAUUCUGGACCAUGUCGAUGGCUGGGUCAAGCCGGGAACCUUGACUGCUUUGAUGGGUGUCUCCGGUGCUGGUAAGACCACUCUCCUGGACGUCCUCGCGACCCGAGUCACCAUGGGUGUCGUCACCGGCGAGAUCCUCGUCGAUGGUGCUGAGCGCGACGUAUCAUUCCAGCGCAAAACCGGCUACGUCCAGCAACAGGAUCUUCAUCUCGCCACCUCCACCGUCCGCGAGGCUCUCCAAUUCUCGGCUCUCCUCCGUCAACCCAAACACGUCUCCAAGCAGGAAAAGAUCGACUAUGUCGAGGAGGUCCUGAAGUUGCUCGAGAUGGACGGGUAUGCGGAUGCUAUCGUUGGUGUACCAGGAGAGGGUCUCAACGUCGAACAGCGCAAGCGUCUCACUAUCGGUGUCGAGCUCGUCGCCAAGCCUGCUCUUUUGCUCUUCCUCGACGAACCUACCUCCGGUCUCGAUUCGCAAACCUCGUGGAACAUCCUCCAGCUCCUCCGCAAGCUCACUUCCGCCGGACAAGCCAUCCUCUGCACCAUCCACCAGCCUUCGGCCAUCCUCUUCGAGAACUUUGACCGGCUCCUCUUCCUCGCUCGAGGCGGUCGUACGGUCUACUUCGGCGAAGUCGGGUCCGGCUCGCACAUCCUCAUCGACUACUUUGUCAAGAACGGCGCACCCCCUUGCCCCAAGGGCGAGAACCCGGCCGAGUGGAUGUUGAGCGCCAUCGGCGCUGCACCCGGCUCGCACACCGACGUCGACUGGCACCAGGCCUGGCUGGACUCGGAGGAGCGCGUCGGGGUCCGGAACGAGCUGGACAACAUCAAGACAACCCGCCCGAGGGAAGUCGAAGAGGAGAAGCGGAAUGCGCCUGCUCCAUCGGCCGAGCAGACCAAGAUCGACAAGGCGGCUUUCAAGGAGUUUGCGGCGCCGACUUGGACUCAAGCUCGGAUCGUCAUGACCCGGGUGUUCCAGCAGUACUGGCGCACACCGAGCUACAUCUACUCCAAGUUCCUGCUCAGUAUCGCUGUUGCCUUGUUUGUCGGUUUCUCCUUCUUCAAGGCGGACACCUCGCAGGCCGGUCUUCAGUCGCAACUAUUCUCGGCAUUCAUGAUCUUCCUCAUGUUCUCCCAGCUCUGCCAGCAGAUCAUGCCCAACUUUGUCGUCCAGCGAAGCUUGUAUGAAGUUCGCGAGCGUCCCUCCAAGACAUACUCUUGGAAGAUCUUUGUCCUGUCCAAUAUCGCCGUGGAGAUCCCCUGGUCUCUACUCGUUGGAACAGUCUUCUUCUUCUGCUGGUACUAUCCCAUCGGCUAUUACCGGAACGCCGGCUGGACCGAUGCCAUCGCAUCGCGGGGUGCUACUAUGUGGCUCUUGAUGGUUCAAUUCUUCUGGUUUACCGCCACUUUCGCUAUCGCGAUCAUUGCCGGAAUGGACAGCGCCGAGACGGCCGGGAACGUCGCCAACUUGAUGUUCAGUCUUUGUCUCAUCUUCUGCGGCGUUCUUAUCCAAGCCCAGAACCUGCCGAGGUUCUGGAUAUUUAUGUACCGCGUCUCGCCCUUCACAUACUUUGUCGAAGCCAUACUGGGCGUCGCUGUCGCUGGCGCACCGGCACAGUGCUCUUCUACCGAGAUUGUGCGGGUUAUCUCCCCUACCGGAACCUGUGCCGACUUCCUCGGUGCCUAUCAGUCCUUCGCAGGCGGCACGAUCCUCAACCCGCAAUCGACUGGCGAGUGCGAGUUCUGCUCGAUCGCUACUACGGACGUCUUCCUCUCGCAGGUCGGGAUCAGCUUCAGCAAUCGAUGGAGGGACUCGGGCAUCAUAUGGGUAUUCAUCAUAUUCAAUAUAUUCGCGGCGGUGUUCCUGUACUGGCUGGCCCGGGUGCCCAAGAAGUCAGGCAAGGAGUCUGGAUCCAAGGCCGACAAGAAGGAGGCGGACAAGAAGAAGGUCAAGAGCCCUGAGAGCGAGAAGCCCGAGACUGUUUAG